UUGAACUGGGAUGCAAGAUCUGUUUUAUUAUCCGGAAAGUCAAAGCGUAGAAUAUAAAACAAAAAAUACUUUGUGUGUGUGUACUUGGUUUCUUCUUCUUAUUCUGUAGUUUUCUCUGUAGUGAAUACCAAAAGGGCAAGGAAGGUUAUUUAGAAAUACCUUACAACCAUGAGGACCUCAGUAGCUUUGCUGGCUAAACACUUUGGGGAUCUAGCCACAGUGCGUGGUAUCCUCACAUACAAGCUGAGUCCCUUUGAACAGAGGGCAUUCGCUGGUGCCAUCUCCCACGGUAUUCCCAACACGAUCAGAAGGAUUCGCUCAAAGAUCUUUAUUGUCACUCCUCCCUUCAUUUUGGCCUACCUUAUCUAUACCCAGAAUGAAAAGGAACAUCAGCGUACGAUGAGAAAGAACCCUGAUGACUUCAAGAAUGACAAGUAAAACCAAAUAUUUAAUGUAGCUUAUUUAAGAUUAUCUACAUGUCUUUAUGGAGCCGUGGUGAAUACUGUAAAAGAAAUUGUUAUAAAUAAAUUUAUGUUCUUAUAAGUGUA